AUGGGUCCAAAAAAAGAUACUAAGGAGACCUCAGCUACAGCAAAAAAGAAAGACACUACAGCUGCAACAACAACAACAGCAACUGCAAGUGCCAAAAAGCCUACAAAACCAACUAGUAGUACAACAGCAUCAGGUAAAGAUGCUACUAAAGUUGUUACAAAAGAUCGUAAAGAAAAGGUUCAAACAAAGGCACUUAAAGCUAAACAACGAGUUGUUCGUGGUAAUCAAUUAACACGUAAACGUAAAAUUCGUACAAAACCAAGAUUUCGUCGUCCAUUUACACUUCGUUUACAACGACAACCUAAAUAUCCUCGACGAUCAGUACCAAAACGAAAUCGUCUUGAUCAUUUUGCUAUUAUUAAAUAUCCAUUAACAACUGAAUCGGCUAUGAAAAAAAUUGAAGAUAAUAAUACAUUAGUAUUUAUUGUCAAUAUUCGUGCUAAUAAACCAUUAAUUAAACAAGCUGUCAAAAAAAUGUAUGAUGUUGAUGCUGAAAAAGUCAAUACAUUAAUUCGACCUGAUGGUGAAAAGAAAGCUUAUGUUAGACUCAAAGCUGAUCAUGAUGCACUUGAUGUUGCUAAUCGAAUUGGUAUUAUAUAA